AUGACCAGUAGAAAGCGGUCAAGGGAUCAAGUCGAGGAGGAUGAAGCACACCAAGAUCCUCGCCUGUUGACCAGGAUGCAGAUUGUGCAUGGCCUCAACAACAUCUGGCACAGCCAUCCUACGGCUGAAACGCACAAUGCACUGGUUGACCAGCUUAAAGACAUUGGCUAUGUCUACUUUAAUGAAUAUGUUCGAAGACCCAAGGACAAGCAUCUACAAGCGAUCCGCAAAUCCAACACGCUCACGUCUCUGCAAGAUAUAGCAGAAUUGGAGCACGAACGAUAUGACAGCGACAAACUGAAACUGCCUCGCUUUGACCAUCACCCUAUCGUUGUGGCCGAGAGCAACCAUUUCAUAUCAGCGAUACAGCAUCGAUACCGCAAUUUCAAGCGUAUGGGAUCGCCUACAGGGCUCAAAUCAUUAUCAAACCACGUUCGCAGGUAUUAUCUGUACCAAGCAAUGCAGGAGCAUGAGAUGGAGCAUGGCCCGAUGGAUGAAGAUUUUGCGCUGUCCAUGGUCGGCAACAGCUGCUGGACACCCACGGAAAAGAGAAAGUUUUUUAUGGCGGUGGAACGUUGCGGUCGAGGCGAUGUAGUAGAGAUCAGUCGACGUGUGGGCCAUACAAAGACGAUAGCAGAAGUGGGAGCCUAUUUGAAUCUGCUGGACGGUGCUGCCAAGGCAAUUGGGGGUUAUGAGCCAGACGAAAAGUAUACAGCAAGAGAAAUGUCAGACUUUUUUCUGAUGCAGGAGACGAGAAUGGCAUUGAUUUUGGAGGCCAAAUUGGAGACAGAGUCUUACGCAAAGCAUCAAGAGCUGAUGCAGCAUGAGAGUAUACAAAAGUCGCUCGAGCUGUUUGAGAUUUGGAAUUUCUCAUCCAUUACUCGCAUAUUUGCUGAAAUCAACGACAUGACCGUAUUAUCCAGCUCGCUUGUUCAGUAUUACCAGCUCAUCAAAAAGUUUGUGCUCGAUAUCCUGACUGGCGUGUACACUGAAUUAUUAGACAGCGAAGACAAGACAGUAACUCGAUCCCUGAUGAAUCAUGUCAUUGCGAAGCGAAAAGAGACUUGGACCGAUAUGAAUAACAGCAAGGAUGUUCGAUUGUCGAAGCUAGACAUACUUUCCAUGAUUGAUAGACGAUACAGAUAUCACAAGGCGUUUUCAGACCAUCGGUCUGCCAGUUUCUUGGCCAAGAAAAGAAGAAUGGCAUGGCAAAAGGCAGACGACGCUGGGAAAGAAGAAGAAGAAGAAGACCAACAAGAAAAAAUCAUUGAAAUUGAUUCUGACGAUUCUGAUCGAGAAUCAAGUGAUGGUGUCUAUGACAGUGAUGACGAUGACAUGUUAAAGCCGUUCGAUGAGGAGGAUGAGUUGAGGGGACAAUACAUAUCUCAGGACAAUGCAAAGCAGCACUACUUUGAAAGUUUGAAUCAAGAAUUGUAUAAUAAUAUUGAUGUGGUGGACGUGAGCGAUGGGAGCUGGGAUGACGAAGACUGGGAAGACGUUGAUACAGAGCAGGAGGAGUCCUUAACUGGACAAGACGACACCAUCAACACAGCCAACGACAUGAAAGAAGAUCCAGACGAUGAACUCCCAGAGGAUGACUCGGAAGACGAGUACGACGAACUUGCCGAAAAGCGAAUGCAACAAUUGGACUACAUUCAUGAACAAGAACUCACAAAGCACCUUGAUUUCGUCGAUGCCGAUACGCUACUUUCUCAACUGCACCUUCGACGUCAGUGA